AUGGACAUUGUAACCAUCUAUGCGAUUGCCGCUGGCGGCAUUUUUGUCGCAUUCUUCUUUAUCCAGACUUUGUCUAGCGUGACAAUCUGGGCAGAUUUCUUUCGUGUCUUUGUGUCACGACACCUGAUGCUCCCUUUUGUCAUUCGAAGGCAUCGUCUCUGGGGCCCAUGGAAUAGAGCUGGCAUGCUACUGCAUCUGACAUAUGUCGCAGUCAAUCUCUUGCUUAUUUUCUUCAAAAUAAAGUCUUUGGUUGGGGCUGGCCGCCGGGCUGGAGAGUUGGCUCUCGUCAACUUGGUGUUCCCUUUGUCUGCCAUCCAUCUAAGCUACCUGGCUGAUAUUCUAGGUAUCACAUGGAAGACUUGUCGCAAGAUACAUCGCGCUACCGGUUGGAUGGCUGUUUUUCUGCUAUCGUUUCAUAUAAUAGUGGCGUUUCAGACACAGGCCUUUACAUUCCCUCUUCGGGAAGUACGAAACCUCUUUACCCUACUUGCUGCAAUUUCACUAGGCCUGCUUGUCCUGCUUUCUCUCCCAUCGGUUCGACGGUUGUCUUACGAAAUCUUCCUCCGAGCACAUCAGGUGCUCGCUGGGCUCUUUGUCUACGGCAUUUGGCAACACCGCCCCUCCCACAGCCAUUCCUCAGAAAUAUAUCUCUUGGUUGCUUUAGGUGUCUUUGGACUGUCUCUACUCUCACAGAGUAUGGUCCUCCUCUAUCGAAACGGCCUGCUCUCGGGCCGCGGCACUCCCAGGGCCAUCGUCUCAUUUAGCAUGAGCGAUGCUGAGGAAGGUACUGUGGUGAACGCUGUACAUAUCCGGGUACUCUUACCUCGACCUAUGAGAGUGGAAGCUGGUCAAUAUAUCAAUCUCUGGAUGCCGUCGGUCAGUCUAUGUUCGUGGAUGCAAACACAUCCAUUCACCAUCAUGUCGUGGUCCAAAGGUAAGCAGAACACCCUGGAGUUGCUGGUAAAGCCACGUAGUGGCUUAACUGCGAACCUUGCCCGUUAUGCACGCAUUGACGGGGGGAGCUCCAUUUCUUUCCUGGCUUUGUUCACUGGCCCUCAUGGGGUUGGUGAAGAAGUUGGGCACUGCGAAACUAUACUAUUGCUUGCCAGCGGAUCUGGUAUCGCCGGGGCCAUACCACACUUGAAGAAAACGAUCUACGGCUACAACACUUGCACCUCCCAGAUCCGUCGGCUACAUUUGGUGUGGCAGGUAGAAUCAAUUGGCGAGAUGAGCGCAGCUCUGAUUCUGCUGAACAACCUCUUGAAGGAUGAUAUCAUGGAUAGCGGCUAUAUACUGCAUAUCUCCAUUUAUGUCAGAAACGGCCUUGGCCAUAAAAGGCUGCCUUUUGGUCAGCACGAACGAGUCUACCUAUACCAGGGGGUACCGGAUUACCAGAGCAUAAUCUCACUCGAAGCCAGCGGUACCCAGAUCGAAAGACUGCCGAACAUGUGGGACGAGCAAGGCCGGAUGCUGAUCCUAGUCUCGGCAAAGGACGAGCUUCGGGAUCGCAUACGGGAAGUAGUACGAGAAUACCUCCAUAAUGGGGUAAAACUUUCCGAGUUGGAGUACCAGCCCAGUGAUUGA